AUAAAAAGACUUUGACGUGGUUGUUGUUUGGGUUUCAUUUUUGUAGGAGGUUCAAAAUCCUCGAACAAUUUUCUAUAUUUCGCUUAAUCUACAUAACGGAAACAGUAAAAGUGGUUACAAUUUAAAGAUGGCCGUCCCAACAUCCGUAUCCUUGGUCCUAGCUUCAGUGACUGCUGUGCUGAUAUUCUCGGCAAUGCAGAUUUACCGACCGCUGUUGACUUCUUCCCAAAUGGCCACCAUUUUCGGAGGGUUCCUGGGAUCUUGGCUUUUCAUUCUUUCGCUCACUGCCAUUUCCAAUCUGGAAUCCGUCGUUUUGGGCAAAGGAUUCCAAGCGAAACUUUUCCCGGAGGUGAUCUUUUGCUUAACGGGAUCCCUAUUUGCCUGUGGAAUGGUUCAUCGAGUUUGUGCCACCACUUGCAUACUGUUCUCAGUUGCUGCACUUUACUAUAUUAAUAAAAUUUCUCAAAAAGUACACAACGCGCCGGUUCCGGUUGAUAUCUAUGCCGGAAAGAAGAAGAAGAAGUAAUCUCACAUUAUACGCCGAACAAAUACUAGACGUACCGUACUGAUAGAGUGAAGUAUUUCCGAUUCCGUGGGGAAGAAAUUCUUAAGGUAUGUUUUCUACACUUUAGAUCUUGUCAUUUGCGCAAUAUACAAACUUGUCCGUAAUCUGCUGUAAGAA